GUGAAGGUGCGGGGUCCUCGCGGAGGCCUGGGCGGCGCGGCCUGGGGAUGGUGGGCCCCUGCGCUUCUGCGGCGGCGAGGGCACCCCCAGAGCAGCCGUGCCCCGGGGCUGCCCCAGCAAAGCGCUUGACAGUGAGCCCUGGCGAAGUUGGGCAGCAGUGAGUCUGCCCGUCGCCGUUAAGUGCCCUUAGGAUGCAGCGAUUAAGGAAUUAGGCUCUCCCUCCGGGAGGGGCACUGCCUGCGCUUGAGAACCCGGUGCGGAGAAAAAGGACAGAAUGAUGCUGUCCGAGCAAGCCCAAAAGUGGUUUCCUACCCACGUGCAGGUCACAGUGCUCCAAGCCAAAGAUCUGAAGCCCAAAGGCAAAAGUGGCACCAAUGACACAUACACUAUAAUUCAGCUGGGCAAGGAAAAGUACUCCACCUCUGUAGCCGAGAAAACCCUUGAGCCAGUCUGGAAGGAAGAGGCCUCUUUUGAGCUACCUGGGUUGCUAAUGCAGGGGAAUCCAGAGAAAUACAUUCUUUUCCUCAUAGUUAUGCACAGGUCCCUGGUGGGUCUGGAUAAAUUUUUAGGGCAGGUGGCAAUCAAUCUCAAUGACAUCUUUGAGGACAAACAAAGAAGGAAAACAGAGUGGUUUAGAUUAGAAUCCAAACAAGGAAAAAGAGCCAAAAACAGGGGUGAGAUAAAGGUCAAUAUUCAAUUCAUGAGGAACAAUAUGACAGCAAGUAUGUUCGACUUAUCAAUGAAGGACAAAACAAGGUCUCCUUUUGCAAAAUUAAAAGAUAAGAUGAAAGGUAGAAAAAACGAUGGGACAUUUUCUGAUACGUCUUCUGCCAUCAUUCCAAGUUCUCACAUGCCCGAUGCCAGUACUGAAUUUUCAAGUGGUGAAAUGCAGAUGAAAUCCAAACCAAAAAAGCCUUUCCUUUUGGGUCCUCAGCGACUCUCUUCGGCACAUUCGAUGUCUGAUCUGACUGGGACCCACAUAUCUUCUGAGAAGCUGAAGUCUGGCACCGCUGGUCAGACACAUCUUCUUGGACGCCAGAUAGAUUCCUUCGGAGCGGUUCCGGAAAGUGGAAGUCUCAAAUCUCCACACAGAAGAACAUUAAGCUUUGAUACUUCUAAAAUGAACCAACCUGACAGCAGUGUGGAUGAAGGUGACUCGUCUUUCGGAAGACAAAAUGACCCAUUUACAAAUGUGACUGCUUCAUUACCCCAAAAAUUUGCAACACUGCCAAGGAAGAAAAAUCCAUUUGAAGAAAGCAGUGAAUCCUGGGACAGCAGCAUGAAUUUGUUUUCAAAACCAGUUGAAGUAAGGAAAGAAAAUAAAAGGGAGAAAAGGGAGAAAGUUAGCCUGUUUGAAAGAGUGACUGGAAAAAAAGAUAGCAGAAGAUCUGAUAAACUUAACAAUGGGGGAUCUGAUAGCCCUUGUGACUUGAAAUCACCCAAUGCGUUUAGUGAAAAUCGUCAGGACUAUUUCGAUUAUGAGUCAACUAAUCCGUUUACAGCAAAAUUCAGGGCUUCAAAUAUAAUGCCAUCUUCAAGUUUUCAUAUGAAUCCAACAAGCAAUGAGGACCUCAGGAAAAUCCCGGACAGCAACCCUUUUGAUGCCACCGCAGGGUAUCGUGGUCUGACCUACGAGGAGGUCCUACAGGAGCUGGUGAAGCACAAAGAGCUCCUCAGGAGGAAAGACACGCACAUCCGGGAACUCGAGGACUACAUCGACAACCUCCUCGUAAGGGUCAUGGAGGAGACGCCCAGUAUCCUCAGAGUGCCAUACGAACCGUCCCGGAAAGCUGGCAAGUUCGCCAACAGUUAAUAAGCCAGUCGUACUGUGCUUGCGUUAGGGGCAAGAAGAAAAGAGACAAAGGAAGAAGGAAAUCUCGGUACUGCGAGAAACCACAUGGUCAGGCUUCGUUACAUACUCGCCUUCAUUGCGAAAAACUACGUCCCGUGUAAACACUAGCAGGGACUCUCAAGAGUGACCUGUGAAGUGAGCUAAAUUAUUUACACUUUUAAAGUGAAAAGGGGCCAGAUUCUCCAUGAAUAAGCAGUUCCUUCGGCUUCACUUAGGUGCUGGUGUCGCCCACGAACCUGCCAUAGGCCUAGGGGCAGCUUCGGAAGUUCACGACUCGUGAUUCCUCAGGAAUAGAUUUCUCCUAAAGCAGAAUCGACGCCGUGGCCGGUUUCUCAGAAGUCGGUUUGUAGACACAUUUAGCUGCAGGAAUACCGUUCAUUGUAAACACUCAAAAAAGAGUUCCUAUUUUAUAUGCAUCCGUAUGUGUACAUGAAUAUAUGUUCAUGUAUCUUUGUGUAUAAAAUACAUGCAUAUACCUCAUAUAUACAUGUGUUUUUAAAACGUUUAAGAACAACUGGUUGCCUCUAAAAUUAAGAUACCAAUUUCUCAAUGUGAAGAUCUAUGUGUGCUCUCUCGAUGCAAAACAAAAUCGUCAUCGCUACCGUAUCACGUACGGUUUGUUACCGGGAAGCUGCUUCAGAUCGCUCUUGACUUUGUGAACCUUGGUUUCACAGAGCUGCUCCCCUGUGUUAUUCCGGUAUCAGAUGUUGCUCUUUUUCUGAAAGGAAUGAUCCAAAGUUUUGUGAGUUUUGUUUUUGUUUUUGUUUUUGUAGUUUUUUGAAGCAUGACCUAUUUUAGGAAACUUGAUUAGCUUCAGGAGAGUAACUUGUCUUCGCGUUUGAGUUUCGUUUAAGUCCAAGAGAAGCUAAGGUCAUCUGUUUCGUUGAGAUUCUGAAUGCCUUUAGAUCACUAGCCCGAAAGAUAUUAGGAAGUUAGAUCUGAAAAUCAUUCUGAGGGAAAAAAGGAGGUGAUCGUCUGAUGCCUGAUAACCCAAAGCAACGAGCAAAUUCGAGGAAUGAAUUAGGCUUAGUUUCAAGUUACGUAAAUAAUAGAACAGAUGGUUGCAUUUGGGUCUUGAACCAGAAGAAGAGUCACCGAAGGACGAGUGAAUCGUUGGAACAGACCUUCACUAGCGUGGCCCUGGACACAGUUCUACAUCUGCCCUUAAGAACUGGUUUAUCACAGAAUUAUAUGUUGGCCCUUUUCUUAAGUCAGUUCCCCCCAAAUGCCAAUACUUCCAAGAAUUAUCUUGAUAUAUCUGUACGAAAUUAGCCUGAAAUUUACAGUGGAAAACAGUGGUCUAAAAAUAUCGCUAAGCAUCUGCUAAUUUUUUCCCGUAAAAAUCUAAAAUAAAUUACGAAACACUGAAUCUGUGUCUCCAGUUUUCAAAUGGGAAAGUUUGCUUGUCUCUGGAGACAUCUAUUCUGCAGUCUUUUAAUGAACCUCAUUUUUGUCUAAUAUUUAUCUCUAUGAAGACUCCAUUGAAAGUUCAAUGCAACGCAGAGAGAAGAGUUUGGCUCAUUUUAAUACUCUGAAUCAGAUAAUACUUGGCCAAGUUUAGAUUCAUAAGCUAAAAUUGCUUAUUUGUGUUAGCUGACUCUUUAGUUUUCCUAUGAGAGCAUACAUUUGGAAAUUCUGAGAACUUCUCCUACAUACAAAAAAUUAGGAUUUUUUUUCCUUUUUUCAAAAAUUAAGUAACUUUUUAAGUGAAGAAAUGGAGAAGGAAAAAUAACUUCCACCAACCUUUUUUUCCCCACUUAUAAAUUUCUGUAAUGACCCUCAGAAUUUGGUUUAUUAGUAUUUUAUUUUCCCAUUUGAGGUCUGAGUCAUUUUUUUUUAACACGGUGCCACUUUCAGUUAACAUUUUAUUAAAUAUUACAAAACUUUCAGCAUUUUUUUUCUGAUGUUAGUACAACCGAAGCUCUUCUUAGACUUUUUAAAAUACUAAAGUCCAUGUGUUUGCAGUAUUGUGAUAGAUUAUCUGCCGAUAUUUCAAUAUGCUUUGGCCAAAAGAUGUCAGUUUCGUAUUGGGGAUAUGUUUUAUGUAAAUCGAGUUCAUUAAAAAGUAUUACUCACAUACUGCUCUUUUUAUGAGGAAAUUUACUUUUGAGGAGAGAUUCUUUGCCAAUACGAAACUGUUAAGGAUUAGACCAAUCAGAUGUGAAUGAUUUGAUUAUAACUGAAUCGAUACUUUUGUUUUUAAAUCUAAGACAAGACUUGUAUUGAAAACUGAAUCAGCACUUGUCAUGGCUGAUUGUCAGCAUUUGGGUCUAAGUGUCGUUCCAGUGUUUACGAACUUCCACUCGUGACCCAGAGUACAACUUCUUGUAUGUUUUCGUAAUUGGUCACUACAAUAUGCUAAAGUCAAAAAGUAAAAAUGAGUUCCCAAGUAAACACAUCAGUGUUUCCGUGUUUGGACAGAAGUGCAAACAGAGUAGUUUUAGUUUCUAAUGUUGUAGGAAAAAGGCCAUCAAGAUCACCUUUAGUUAAUUUCUCCAAAAUGUGACUUUUAAGCAUUCCAAUGGUGUAUUUUGUUAGUAGCGUAGAAAUAGAAAUAAAAUACGUGUGCUCAUUAAAUAAUGCACAGCACAAUAGACUUUAUAAACAGAUUUUACUUUUGCUUUUAUGCUGAAAACUGCAUGCGGUAGGGCAUUCCCACUGUGAGAGAAUUUCCUGAAAUCCCAGAAUGGGUAUCUAUCCUAAACCUAUCUUCGGCGAACGUACUUCUGUUACCGAUAAAAGUAUUUCUGCUAUUAUUUUCAUAACCGUGUUUUACAGUUGGCUCCCUUCCAGUUCCAAAAUUUGGCUUUGAAAGUUGAACACGCUGUCUGUCCUACCAUCCCAUGCGUCAGGUUUCGUUUUCUGAAUACCAGGGUCAGACCUGGGAAAUGUAUAUAAAGUGACACGUCACCCGUUCACGAAAACGUUUAGAUAUUUCUUCGUGCCGCUGUAUUCUACAUUGAGCCUAGUUUGCCGUCCUCCCGGGAACGUCAUAUUAUCCAUAGAUUAUGCACAGCUACGUAUAUUGCUUUUGGCAGUAAAUGAAGAUUUACUUGUAAUUUUCCAGCUGUGAAGAUGUUGCCUCGUAUUGAGAAGGAUUUCAUGAAUGGACCCCUAAGUAAAACUCAGCGCAUUAGUGACAGACUUGCUUUCCUCACAUCCGUCCAUCACCUUUUCCUCCAGCCUCGCCUCCCUCCUGCCUCCCACCCCCAUCAGAGUGCUUAUUGUUUAGCAAGGAGAAUCUUAAGACAGAAACUAAAAAACUGCUGUCUUCAAUGUAUCUAGUCAUUGUUACACUGGAGCUUGUUAUUUUCCCUCUGUAGCCUUUUUAGGAGAAGCACCCUACCUUGGAUUUGUAAAUCCAGCCGAAACUUUUUGCUGUCCGUGUGUUCACGUGUCUUCUAGAUAUGCUAGGGGUCGUGUGUGUGUGCGUGCGCAUAAAGCAUGCUCAUUCACUUGACGUCUUUGAAGUAGGAGGUAGAGGACCACGGUGCCGCCGGUUUAUGGAGAUGUAGGGGUCUGUCAGCACACAUCGCAGGCCCCCGUUUCCACAGCUUUAUAACCUGAAUAAUCCAGAUGCAAUCAUUGGAAGUAUUUAAUAUGCAAUAGGUAGCACCUUAACUAAUUAAUCUGCAUAUGAAGGGUUUUCUGAUGUAUUUAAUAGGAAGUGUAGAAGCUUUCGAGCAUUAAACUAGAGUUGACGUUUUAUUUCAUUUAUUUCCUAUGUCGACAUUGACAUUUUCCACUCUUACGAUGGAAUGGAAGUCUGUAAAAAAAAACGAUACAUUGGACUCAUUAAUCCUUGAAGCUCCCAGGUGGUUCGUUUUUCGAGGUACAAAAAAAAAAAUGCUGCAGAUCUGUAAGUGUAUAUAUUUAGCAGGUAUUUGAAAGAUAAAAGCAUUAUUUAUAACUGAUGAGUAUUACACUUAAGUAAAAAGCUCUGGAAACUUGUAUACAUUUUUUUGCAGGUACAAACUCAAAAGUCUGUAAGCAUUGCAUACGUGACAGCUGUAUAAUUUAUGUAAUCUGAUGCAUGAAUCAGAAUUUUAUAUAAUAUAUAAGUAUUGAUUUAUUAUAGUUGAUUAAAGUGUCUAAUCUUAA